UCAAUUCCUGCCAAGCAAGCCACCAUGAAAAUCCACAGAGUAAUUAAGAGUGCCUUUUUGGUGAUGCCAAUCACUGUGAUUAUCUUGUACUUGUAUAAUGCCAAUAGAGGAUAUGCAAUAACAUUUUUCAGACGUAAAAAUGGUAGGCAAUCAAGCAGCUCUCCAUCAGAUACAGUGAUAUGGACCACACGGCCCACUUCACGUUUAGGAAACAAGAUGGGAGAAUAUGCGGUGUUAUACGCUUUGGCCAAAAUUAACGGUCAUCAAGCCUAUGUUUUACCUGAGAUGCAGAGUGAGCUUGGGAAGAUUUUUAAGAUAUCAUUGCCUGUUAUUCCCCAGGACGUUGCAGACUCAAUCAAAUGGACUCAUUACAAGCUACAUAAUUGGAUGUCCCCAGAAUAUUUAAACAUCUCUGGACAAUACGUGAAACUUUUUGGCACUCCCUAUUCGUGGACUUUCUAUCAUCACAUACGAGAAGAGAUUGUACGAGAAUUCACUUUCCAUGAUAGUUUAAAAAAGGAAGCAAAUUUAUACUUAGAACAAGCUAAGGGGCCUAAGGUUAAUGUGACUUAUAUUGGGGUUCAUGUUCGUAGAGGAGAUUAUGUAGAUGUAAUGCCAAAGAAAAGGCAAGGAGUAGUAGCAGACAAAAAUUACCUACAACAAGCCAUGGACUAUUUCAGACUAAAGUAUGAGAACCCUCUCUUUGUGGUGACCAGUAAUGGCAUGAACUGGUGUAAGGAACACAUUAAAAAUUCACUAGGGGAUGUCUACUUUGCUGGAGAUGGUCAAGAACGCUCUCCUGCCCGUGAUUUUGCCCUCUUAGCACAUUGUAACCACACUAUUAUGACCAUUGGGUCAUUUGGAUACUGGGCUGCAUACUUGGCUGGAGGCGAAACAAUUUACUUAACAAACUUCACAUUACCAGAUUCUCCUUUUCUAAAUAUUUUCAAGUAUACAUCUGUUUUUCUUCCUGAAUGGAUUGGUAUUCCUGCAGAUCUUUCUCCACUGUUGGAAAACACUAACAAAUCAAAGUAAAAAUGGCAUUUUAAUUAUUUAUGUAUUUUACUGACAUAUUC